AUGGAUGUCUAUGCCUUUGGGGUCGUUCUGUUGGAACUGAUUACAGGAAGAGAAGCUGUUUUUAAGCAGGAUGGUGAAGAAGCACUACUGUCAGAAGCAGUACUUCAAAUCAUGGAUGGAGGAAAUGCAGAAGCAGAGAUUGGAUACAUCAUCGAUCCUCGCCUUCAAGCGUAG